AAAAGAUAAGAUUACAGUCAUAAUGCGCAGUUAAUUUUUGAUUCUUGUGCUAACCUCCAAAUGUAAUAACAUAUACGUAAAACCAGUAUAAAAGAAUAAUAUUCAAUAUACAGGGAAAAGUUUCUUGCAGAAAAUAUAAUCGAUUUAUUACACAGCAGAGUUCAAUUUCUAGAAAAUACCACAAAUUCCUAAAUUAAUGUAUAUAGGUAUGAAUACGCGCAGCCGCAGAAGGAGAUAGAAAAUAUCACUUGACUGCCAAGAGGAGGAUGGGUCGCUGUGUUGCGUAGUAGGAAGGAAGGUUGUUUCAUUGGUGGCAGGAUUUGUUUUUUUAAUCUUAUGAGAGAAAACGGUAUGAUGACGAGUGACACCGGUUCACGUUGGUACGUGCACUGUGCAAACACAUCAAUGGAAAAUGUCAGGACUAAGUGUACGAGCUGUGACAAUGAGUUGUGAUCCUAGUAGUUGUCCUCGUUUGAUAAAAGAGUCCUUGUUGGGCACUUGUCCCUUUCCUGGUCGUUUGCAUUGGUAUUCGGUAACGCCGGUCUUUCGACACGGUCAACCGUGGAAUGGCAGCAGCCUUAAAAAAGAAUCAUUCACGCAGAAGGUUGGCCGCCCUAACGUUUCUUUCCAACAUCUCCCUCGAUGGCAGCCACCGCGAUACCAAGUUAGCCGUCCUAUCGCGAAAUGGUGCUGCUCACACUCGUACCCUCAGCGACGGUCAAGCUCAUCAGGCUGAUGUUCGCCAAACCGAUCUGGACGUUUCCAGUGAGGAAGUUCUUGAUGAUGGUACAGAAGAGCACUUAAUACAUUUAUCUACAAAACAAACGUCUUCACCACAACUGGUGCCAAAGAAUGCUGAACAUAACUCAUUUAGUUCAAAUUCAGAUGGGGUGUUGACUCCUGCAAAGGCAGUAGUAGCUACUUUUCUUGAACAGGAAAGAAGUUAUCCGCAUAUGUCAUCUGGAUUUCAUAGUUCAUUCAGAGAACGUACUGGCACUACUGGCAGUGAAUAUUCUUUACCUGAAAGAAGAGUGGGUUCUUUACAAUAUAAAAAGCGUAUAACUCAUCAAACAUCUACACUUUCUGAAGAUAUCAAACACCAAUAUAAUAGUUCCAAUGAGAGCAUUGGUUCUUUACGUUCGAAAUCGCAAUCUACAAAAUCAAAAGCGAAGGCACCAAAUAAUGCGCAAUCUGCAUGUACAAAUAGCGGUAUAAUACCGGAAGUCACAAGAGAAUUACGUUUAAUGCAACAUCCUAUAAAUGGUUACAAAUUUGGAGAUGAUAGACUAGUUUUGGUUUCUAAUAAACGUGUACCAUUUCUAGUAUUUUCUGCUCUUCCGUACAAUAAAGGACAAAGAUCUAGUUGGUCUGAAUUGCGUAAAGAUACUGGAAGAAGAAAAAAUAUUUCUUCACAGCGCCCAUUAUCUGCAAUCAAUGAUAAUAUUGAUCCUUUCGGUUUGUUGGGUGUAGAACGUGCUAAAGACGGCCAGGAAAUAUCUUAUGGACAGUUGCUUGUACCAUCUAGGCAAUUUCAGAAGGACAAAAAAUUACAUUUUAGUGAUAACGAGGCAAUAGAGCUUACACAUGUUAUACCUAACAAGCAUCCUAUGGUUUCAAGGACAAAAACUAUUACAUGGAAUGUGGAUCACUCUAAAUGGUGCUUGUCUUAUGACACAGCUACACACCGUGCUCAACAUUUAACACCUGAAUCUCCACCACUAUCUUUUAGUACUGACUCUAAAGUUUAUGAUUGGGAUGAGCAAUCGCUACAAUACAAUCCCAAUUUAUUGGAUGAUCCAGAACUCAUAGCUGGAAAACAUAGAACACUACUUACCUUUACAUCAUAUAUGGCAUCAGUUAUUGAUUACGUACGACCAUCCGAUUUGAAAAAGGAAUUGAAUGAUAAGUUUAAAGAAAAGUUUCCACAUAUUCAAUUAACUUUGAGCAAACUAAGAAGUUUAAAGCGAGAAAUGAGAAAAAUAGCAAAAAUGGAAUAUGGUAUUGAUCUACUGACAGUAGCAAUGGCUUAUGUAUAUUUUGAAAAACUUAUUCUUCGAAAUAUUGUUACGAAACAAACACGGAAAUUAUGUGCUGGCGCAUGCUUACUUCUGGCAGCAAAACUGAAUGAUGUGAAGGGUGAUGUACUUAAAUCCUUAAUAGAGAGAAUUGAAAGUAUAUUUCGUUUAAAUCGCAAGGAUUUGAUAACAUCUGAAUUUGCUGUUUUGGUGGCCUUAGAAUUUGGCUUACAUCUCCCAACAUGGGAAAUAUUUCCACAUUAUCAGAGAUUGAUUUACGAGUCUUGAUCUUUUUUUUAUGUUUCGUUUACAUAGAUCGAGAACAAUUUCAUCAUGAGAUUGCAAUUGUGUAAAGUACAAGGUGCAAAUGUUUUUAUAUGAAACGUACAAACAUAUGAGCAACAGGAAAAAAAUUUGAGCAUUGAUAGGUAAAUCGUUACUCUACAAUACGAAAAGCAAAGAUCUAUCAGUAAUAUCUGCAGGCGUUUUGAUAAAUAACAACUAUAUGGAUAGGUCGGUAUUUUACAGUUUCCUAUAUGUUUAUUUAACCAAUUCGUAAUUAACUUUACUUCUCUAACAUUAAUAAUUGAAUUCUUCGUAGGAAGAAUUACAAAAACGUUAUCUUAGACACAACAAAAUUUGAUGAAUUGUGUGUUGUUGAUACCCGAGUUCUAAAGGCUGUAAGAAUUAUAUUUUGAUAUAUGUUAGAAAAUUAUAUUUUUCCUCUAAAGUACUUUUUCAAUUGUUAACCUUAAUAUUAUGGAAUCUUUAUAAGUAGUACUUAACGUAAAUAAUAAUCCUUUUUUGAAGACACAGUGAUUUAUGCAAAAAUAUGUUAUUAAUUACAAAAUGAAUUAGGUAGUCAGAUAGAUAGAUAGAUAGAACAGAUGUGGCAAAGACAGGCGAUAAAGAUUUCUGAUUUGAAGUACCAUUUUUGCUGUUUUAAGUCGCUUUUUUCGAGAAACUUCUAUUACUUAGACAUUUCCAUCUUUGUCAUUGUAUAAACAUCAGGCAGCUGAUUAAACAUAUAUUAAUAAAUAAUGAGAUAUUUUAUUUACAAAAGUGAUGACUAAGUAUUUCUUUUUUUAAUUAAUUGUAAAUUAUUUUUUAAUAUUAUAUAUAUACAUACAUAUAAAGGAUGGUAAAGUGGUGUAAUAUAUAACGAUUUAUAAAAUUAAGUUAUGUAUUAGUUUCUAUAAAAUUUUAUAUAAUUAUUUAUAGCAUAAAUUUGAGUAAAUGACAAAUAUGUGUUGGCUAAGAAUAGGAAGAAAAGAAGAGGAAGUAAUUAAAUACUUAUAAAUGUAUGGAGAAUAUCAAAGUGUCAGAAUUAUCUUUGUAAAAAUACAUAGAUUUAAUUAUUUUUUCUUCUACUUUCUUUUUGUCUAGUCAAAAUAAAGGUAUAACUUAUACGCUUUUGGUACUUUGGAACUAUUGAUUUAGAAUAGAUAAUAUUUACAGUUGCCUGAUGCAUUACUUCAAGUGUUACUACAAUUUUGACAUGCGCAAAAACUGAAAAAUUUAUUGUUUUUAUAAAUAGUUUGCAGUGUAUAACUGUAUUCUUACAGUACUUCAAAAAUAUAAUUGUAUUUGUGGUACAGGGUUAAAUGGACUGAAAUACUUGGAAGUACAUAUAAUAGUGAGUGAAACUAUUAAAGCAGAAAUAAUUGAAAAUGAAUAUAACAUGAUUUGCCAGUGGAACAAACUGAACUAACUUAAUAUUAUUAGAAAUCCUUUAAAAUUCAAAAUAAGACAUCAGAAUAUGGUGUGCGACGUGAAUUUUAAUUUCUUGGUACACUUAUUGUAUUCUAUUUGUAUAUAAAAGUAUUUACAGAGGAAUGUUUUAAAUUGUUUAAUAGAUACAUUAAUAUUUUUUUCGUUCUGUGUUUGUGUUAUUCGUACAGGAAAAUAGUAUCAAUUAUUUAUUUAUGCUAUAUUAUUUACAAAAUAUUAUCACUGUACUAGCGCCUGCUGAAAAUUCUUUCCUAAACUUAAGCACUGAAAUCUUUGUCAGUUCUUGUAAUUAGUGUAAAAACGUACUUAUGUGUUUUGUAAAAUAUAUGUAUAGAAAUUGAUGGCAGUAUUUAUCAAGUUUAUAUGUUAAGUUUCAAUUCGAAGUUCUAUAUUAAUGUGUUAUGUUGUGAAAUUAAUUCUAUUGUAGACACAUACUUGUUUUAUUAUUAUAUAUACAUAUAUUAUAAUAAGAUUACAAACAUAAAAUUAGGUGUAUAAAAAUAACUAUUUUAAUAUUUUAAUUUGAACAAUUAUCAAUAGUUCUAAACUUUAUUCUAACAGCAAAAAGGUAAUAGACAUAAGGACUUCUCAAAUUUUUUUUUAGCUUUUCAUUUUUUAUAUUUGGAAUAUCUGAAAAAUGCACUAAAUUAUGGUAUAAUAUUUAUUGUACCACUUCUUACUUUGUUAUUUAAAGAGUCAAAAACACUUUUGAAAUUUUCUGUGUAUAAUUUUUUUUGAUACAUGUAUGUAAUUGAGACAUUUUAAUCUUUAUUUAAGCAGCUUAACUGGAUUGCUACUUUAUACUCAUUUAUAUAAAUAUCUAUUUCUUGCGCAAGUCUCUUUAUAUUUACAAAAUGAAUUUACGCACUAGUAUGUUUGGUAAUCGUUAUAUAUGAUUUACGUUUAUAUAAUACUACAGUCAAUGAGUUACAAUUAUUGUUAUGUGAUUAUUGCAACAUUUUUGUUAGUAUAUUACUAGUCUUAUGCGUUUAGGAGUCAGGCUUUCAUACGAUUUUCUAUAUAUAAUACUAAAACAAUUUUUUAGUACAAUGUUCAGUUAUGUGAUGAAACAUUACAGUCAAGUACAUCGAUCUCCACAUUUUAUAAUCAAUUCUGGAAAAAAAAACAUAAUAUUAUUCAUUACGAAUUUAAUUAUUUGUCGAUUUACAACUGUACUCAACCAUUGUAUUGAAAAUAUAUCUAUGUUCUUGUCUGUAAUACGGGAAGAUAGGAAAUGUGAUUUGUAAUUUCGUUUAAUAAGGUUUAGUAAUUAGAUUGUAGGUGUACAUAACUAUAUCAUACAUUUACAAGAUUUUAAAGUCAAAAUGAUUUAAUUUCAUAUUUCUUUCCUACUUUAUAAUUUUCUGAGAUUAAUUGGGAAUAGUUCUUAUCAGUGCCAUACACAAUCAAAUAUGCAGUUCUUGUUAUGUGUCUAAACAUAAGUACAAUUAUGGUUCUGUAUAUUCUAAGAUCUUUCCUUGAUUAUCAUUUUUCGCUUUAAAGUACUUUUAUCCACUCUAUCAAGGAACCUUGGCUCAUUUGGAGACAUUACUCGAUAUUGUACAGAUUUCUUAACGUUAGAAAUAAGUAAUCAUUCUAAUUGAAAACUUUACAUAUAAAUAUCAAGGUUAUUAAUAUUGUGUCCAAUUUAAUAAUGAAUUCAAGUAUGGUGGAAUAGGAUGUUCAGGGUAACUCUAUGUAGAUUUGCAAAAGAUUUAAUUUAUACUUCUUACUGUUUAAUAUUUUUGCAAUGGAAACCCUAGCAAACUUCUUGUAUUGUAAUUGCAAACCAUCCAAUAUAUAACAGUAAUGCGUUAUUAGUUUUGCACAGAUACUCUUAAUAUGUUGAGUGCAAUAGCUUGUACACAUUGAGUCUUUACAUAAUCUAUGAUCAACAGUUGGCAAUGAUUGAUGACUUUUGUCAAAUUGGGGAUAGGCAAUAUAAUUGUCAAUUCCUUGAACAUCUAUCAUCGUUUGUAAUUGUCAUGAUUUAAUCCCAAAACAUGAAAUAAUUGGGAAGCUGGAACUGUUCAUGCAAAGAACAUCUAUUUACAAUAGAGAUGGGCUCAAUUUAAUUUGAGUAAUGUACAAUCAUUCAUUUGAACAUUUAUGCAAUGUAUAUUAUUCAUCCUGAUUUGAAGUAUCUUUCUUACUCUUAAUUUCACAAAAAAUUGUCUCAUGAAAAAAUUAUAUAUCCUGAAAAGGCAAGGAUUAUGCAGUUAUCAAUACUUGUUCCUUAAAAUCAUUUUUACUUUGAGAUCUUAAGUUCACUGAACUCUACUCACUAAAUUUCUUCGAAACAAUGAAACGUGUUUUUAUUAUUGGUAGCUAUAUUACAAGAGGAAUGAUGAUAAAUUCAUCAGUGAUAAUGAAAUAACUAGAACAUCCUGUAUAUUUGCUCAUUAAAAAUAAAGUCUUAUUUUCUCUCAUAAUUAGACCUAUAAGAAACUAAUCUUUUGUCUUUUCUUCGUUGCCGACACUUCGUAUCUGGAUAAUAAUUUUGCCCAUUUUUUAUAGAUAGCAUCUUGAUACUAUUUCCGUUUUCUCGGAGCGAAUGUCAAGCUAUUAAAAGUAACAAUUAUUCGAGCUUUGUGUAAUGUACUUACUUAUAUGCGAUACAUAGCAAAUUAUGUGUGUUGCGUGCGUGUAUAUAUAUAUAUAUCCGCGUGAGUGUAUGAAUGUAUACAUGUAUGCACCUAUAGAGAAAAUGACGGCUGAAAAUUCGAUCGAGCCGAUUUUCUGCGAUACUGACCCUUCAUUUCUUUCGGUUAUCAUUAUCGAUAUUAACACUCGUCCCUAAAUGUUACAUGUCAGAAUGGAUAUAGAGGAGAACGGACUUUGAUACGAUACAUUUGUAACAUUUGAUAGAAAAAGAAAUUAUGAUCCGAUAAGCGGAUCGAUGAUUAAGAUAGCUGCCCAUGGGAGGUUUAUAUGUAGCUACAUAACGUAGUCUUUGAUAUUAUGUGAUACCGUUUUUAUUCGUCUGAUAACAUUGUAAAGCUAUUCGUAUCAACAUUAUAAUAUCUUGCGGCAACGUUGUCCUUUUCAAUGUGCUAACCAGGUAUACGCUUUGUAAGAUUGCGUGGACCCACUACUUCUUAAUAUAAUUGCUAACCCAAAAUGAAUGACCCCUUCGUUAAUUUCACUUUGCGGUAGUCCUUCAUAAUUUCCGGACACUGUUCAGUGUUCAUCCAGCGAAUCUACUUAGUUCAGACGUUGUUCGAUCAUUAAGGUUGUCCCAGAAAGUAUCGCACCGAUUUUCUUCCUUUUCAUAAUAUGUAUAUAUUUCUACUGUUACGUAGCGUACGAAUAAAAUUCUUUGAUAGACGAGAACACCAGAUCAUAGAUGAUACGGGUACGUACUUAUUCUAAUGAUUAAAAUGAUUUUCUUGUUGGAUUUCUCGCUCAGUAAACUGAUCUCGAAACCCGCGAUAUCUUCUAGGACAAUCUAGAGUGAAACUGUUUAAAAUUGUUUUACCUGUUUCACGAGGAAUGUAAUUGUAGAUCGAUUGCGUCGCGUCCGAUAGACGGUUGAGCUUCGCGCGAUCAACUUCGAAUGAAUGUUUGAUACGACACUGAAAGAGUAAAUAUUCAGUAGCAUUUGCGUGCUAUAGUCUGUCAAUUAAAUGAAAAAGAAAAGGAACACUUGAUCGCGUUAAUUCGCGUGACGAAGAACGGCCGAUACUCCGUAUGCGGUUCGCUUUCAUAUCGAUUGUUUCAUUAAUAUUUCAACACUGUUAAGAUAAAAUGGGAAGAGAAUGUAUAAAUACAAAUAAAGUGUAAA